UCUGCCUGGAGGCGCGUCGGGCCGCUCGCGAGGGCGCGGGGGCUGCGCGGCUGCGGGGCCGGGGCUCGGACUCGGUGCCCGGGAGCGGGCGCCCCAGCCGGCCGCGAUCACCGGAUUCCGCAGCCGGGGAUGCGUGUCCGUGAAGCUCAGCGAUGGUGAAGCUGGUGACACAGGGGCAGAAGCCACAGCUGCGGGGCUCUGUAGCCAGAGACGCGUAAUGCUGCCCCCAGCGCACCUGCUGACCCUGAGGAGCACAGGCGGGCACCGGGAUGCGGGGAUGAUGCCUCUGGAGGCCCCGGCCUCCCUCCCACCCGGGCGUUAGGAGCCGUGCCCAGGCUCCAGCCGGGAGCCCUGCUGUCCCGGGGGCAUGGCCAAACCCUCCUUCCGGCUGCAGAAGCUGCUCCGCCGCACCCAGUUCCUGCUGUUCUUCCUCACGGCCGCCUACCUGAUGACCGGCAGCUUGCUGCUCCUGCAGCGAGUCCGCGUGGCCCUCCCGCCGGGGCCCCGCGCACCUGGCCCCCUGCAGGCCUUGCCGGUGGCCGCCGUGGCGCUGGGCGUGGGCCUGCUGGACAGCCGGGCACUGCAGGCCCCCCGUGUCAGCCCAGAGCUGCUGCUGGGCGUGGAUGUGCUGCACGGGCCCCUGGCGCGGCCCCGGCCUGGGCCCCGCUGGCUCCGCGGCCGAAACUCGGAGCUCCGCCAGCUGCGGCGCCGCUGGUUUCACCACUUCAUGGGCGACCCCCAGGGGCCGCUCGCCCCAGGCCCCGAGGCUCCCAGGCCCGCCGCUGGCAGCCGAGGAAUGUAUGUUGGCUGCUUCAGUGACAGUGGCCGGGACAGGACCCUGAAGGGGGCCGUGUUCUUUGACCUGAGAAAGAUGACCGUCUCCCACUGCCAGGAUGCAUGCGCUGAGCGGUCCUACGUGUACGCGGGCUUGGAGGCCGGGGCAGAGUGCUACUGCGGGAACCGGCUCCCGGUGACCAGCAUGGGGCCCGAGGCGUGCAACCACGAGUGCAAAGGAGAAAAGGGCUCUGCAUGCGGGGGCUUCGGCCGGCUGUCUGUGUACCGCGUGGAGGAGCUGCAGCCCGGCUCCAGGAAGCGGAGGACCGUCACAUACCGCGGAUGCUUCAGGCUGCCGGAGAAUGGCACCCACGCCUUCCCCGACUCCCUCGUGCAGGCCAACGCAACAGUGGAGGCGUGCUCGGGAUUCUGUUCCCAGAAAGAGUUCCCUCUGGCCGUCCUCCGGGGCUGGGAGUGCUACUGCGCGUACCCCACGCCUCAAUUCAGCCUUCGGGAUGCCGUGGACAGCUCGCUGUGUGGCCAGGAGCCUGAGCUACAGAGGCUGGCUGAGUACUGCGAGGUCUACCAGACGCCCGUGCAGGACACCCGCUGCACUGACCGGAGGUUCCUGCCCACCAAGUCCAAGGUGUUUGUGGCUUUGUCGAGCUUCCCAGGUGCCGGGAACACGUGGGCCCGGCACCUCAUCGAGCAUGCCACAGGCUUCUACACCGGAAGCUACUACUUUGACGGGACCCUGUACAACAAAGGGUUCAAGGGUGAGAAAGACCACUGGCGCAGCCGGCGCACUAUCUGCGUGAAGACCCAUGAGAGCGGCCGGAGGGAGAUUGAGAUGUUCGAUUCAGCCAUCCUGCUGAUCCGGAACCCGUACAGGUCCCUGGUGGCUGAGUUCAACCGCAAGUGUGCCGGGCACCUGGGCUAUGCAGCUGAUCGCAACUGGAAGAGCAAAGAGUGGCCGGACUUCGUCAACAGCUACGCGGCGUGGUGGUCGUCGCACGUGCUGGACUGGCUGCGGUACGGCAAGCGGCUGCUGGUGGUGCACUACGAGGAGCUGCGCCACAGCCUGCUGCCCACGCUGCGGGAGAUGGUGGCCUUCCUCAACGUGUCUGUGAGCGAGGAGCGGCUGCUCUGCGUGGAGAACAACAAGGAGGGCAGCUUCCGGCGGCGCGGCCGGCGCCCCCACGACCCCGAGCCCUUCACCCCUGAGAUGAGGGCGCUGAUCGACGGCUACAUCCGGACGGUGGACAAGGCGCUGCGUGAGCACGGCGGGGCCGGGCUGCCCGGCGAGUACGUGCCCAGAUGACGGCUUGGCAGCUCUGUCCGUGCCCGCCCGGACGCUGCAGGACCCUCGGUGUGUACACAUGCCACGGCGUGCUCAUGGGGCCACGCAGGCGGCUGGACACGCUCGGACGUGCAGGCGUGGGCUCCCAGGCUCCUAGGCUCCUGUUUCCCGCUGCGGACUUGCUAGCCAGGCUCCUUGCCCUGAAUGCAGGGCCAGGUGGGCAUCGGCACCGUGGGCAGGUGCUGCUGGGCCCCACAACUCUGACAGCACGUCCGACACCCGACAAAUGCAUGUGGUGUGACCACCAGGCACCACGGUCAGCAGCCCCACCUCUCCCUCCUCUGCAGACAGGCCGGCAGCACUGGACACCGAGCAGGAUCCCCCAACACUGACCUCAGGACCUGUGCCAGCUCUGCACCCCCACCCUCUCCACAUCUGCAGUCCCUGCAGGGCCCCCUGCCUGGCUCCCAGAAGUGGCCUAAGGGUGCAGGGACAGGAGGGGCUGGCUUCAGGGGAGCCCCAGGCCUCAGGGGUUGCAAGGGGUUGCAAGCCCCCCUCUGGGGGUGCUCAGGGUGCACGUGGAGAGACCUGGGGGCUGUCCUCCCUGUGGGGUCCCACGGGCCGUGUUCCCCUGGACACACCCCUGGGGGGAGUCUGCCCUGCGGCCAAGCCCUCGGUGUUCACUCCACGCUGUCCCCGGGCCUCCUGGUCACACCCUGGUCUCUGUGCCCCUCCUGGAGGAAGGCCCCUCAGGGAUGCUGCUGCCUGUGGUGUGCCAGCUGGGGCAGGGGGCAGAGGAGAGGCCCCCAGCUCACAGCCUCAGGGACUGGGCAGGGCUCACCAGAAACUGCAGUGACCUGCUGGCAGAGGAGCUUGUGUGCUGUGUGGGCGGGUUGGCACCUGGGCUGGGGGCUCUGCAGGAAUCACGCAGCACAGCAGAGGGAAGGGUGAGGAGGCUCAGGGAACAGAGGCAUGAAGGACAGGUGGGUGGGGUGUGGCCGUGUAUCUGAGUCCAUGCAGUGAGGACGGGAGCAGGAGGGUGGGGACAGAGCUGGAAACGCAGAAGGGGACUGUGCGCACACCACCUGGCACUCAGCCUGGAGCACAGACGGCCUCCUUCAUGGGCACCGCGGGUUCAGAGUGAGGCUGCGGAGACCAGGGCCCGGGCCAGAGGUGGUGGGUGUGGACCCCUGCGAGGGGCGUGACAGUGACCCCGGCUGGGCCCUUGUUCUGGCCUCCUGCGGCCUGAGCCAGGCUGCACCCAGGGGAGAAAAUGAGGCACGAGAUUUGGGAGAACCAGCACUGGAACACCCUGACCCUGCACCCUGCCAGCCACGGGAAGCCAAGAGCCACUGCAGCGAGGGUGGGCAGGGUGGAGAGCCCAGCAGGCUGCCCUUCCCAGAGGGAGGCCUCCAUGCCCGCCCCGGCUCUGCCAAACCCACACUGGUGCUGAGCCAGUUCUGGGCCCUCUCAUGGCCGUGCAUGCCGCACAGGUAGACAUGCCAGGUCUUCGUAGACGUUUAUGGGUGCGGCUGUGACUCCGCAGUCCAGCCUGGGAAGGGCCCCGAUGGCACUCUUUCUCUGCAGUCGCAGGAAGGAGGGACCUGCCAGGAGUUAGACCUGCCGUGGAAGGCAGCCAGCACCAACGGGGUCCUGCAGCCCUGGGCAAACCUAGUCUCCAGGGGAUGAGGGCCAGAAGCUGGCCACCUCCUGGGAAUGGCUCCCUGGCUCUGGUCCUCACUCUUCCCAGCCAACUGGAUGGUUUGGGGAGAAGACCUAGAUGCCAGGGAGGCCGGGAAGUGCAGCAGUGUGGCUGGAGGGCCACCCACUCUCCUGCCCACCCCGAGGUCAGGAUAGCAGCAGCCCACUCCCCCCCACCCCCCCGUAGAUGGUCCAUUUCCUGCUGCCAGGGGCCCAGAGACCUCCUCUCCCUCCAGGUGGAGAGCCACCUGCUCAGGUGCCUCGUGCUUCCUGGGCACCUUAGCCAGACAUGCAGAUGAGUAGAACGAGGGGAUCAGUCUGCACCCGGGUCAUGCCGAGUUGGUCCACACGGUCAGGCACCUGAUAUGGGGCUGCUGCUCCUGGGUGUUGGAUGGGCAGGGACGUGCCCGGAACCUGGAAGUUACACAGACGUGUUAAGACGUGUGAUUUACAUGGAUUUCACCUCCCGUUGUGGAUCAAUUUGGAAAAACCAAAAUAUGUAAUUUUAGGAAACUAAAACACAUUUCUGAUAAUCCCAGUGAUGUGCAAAUGAGACAGAAGAAUAGACAGGCUCCCAGACCCCAGGAAGAAAGCUGCUUAAUUAUGUGAGCAUCUCGUAAUGAAGACUCUUACAGCUAAAAUUAGACCGCGAGUGUGUGAAUAUGUGAUGAUGUUUGCACACCAGAAUGCAUUUCCCCCUUAACGGGAGCUGGAGCUGCUUCGUUCCCCAAGGGGGCCUUGGUGGGGGACGCGAGAGUGCUGGGGGUGGCCUUCGUGGCUGCAAGAAUUCUGAGGAUGCAGGUUUGCUCACUUGCGGCUGGAAGCUCAUCGGGGUGUCACCGCGUGAGGCCUCCAGGGCUGGGGUCUGGGGCAGGUGGGUCAGGAUCCACACUGAUCACUACUUUGCACAGAACUGGCCGGCCCGGACAAGGUCCGAGUGAGGGGAAGUCAGCCCGCCCACCGGGCAAGGCCGCAUUCCGUGUGGUCUCAGCUCCCAGGAACACAAUGAGGGGUGUGGUACACAGAGUCGGUUGCCCUCCCCCCCGUUCUCCCCAUUUCUUUCCCCAGCAGCCCCGGGUUUAGGUGGAGGGACCCCCAGCCUGGACAAAGUCAGAGUGGCUCUCUCCAUUUUCCUGGCUACUGGCCGCUUCAGGGAUGGUCACGUGAGCUCAGGUGGCCAGAGGGCACCCCAGGACACCCCAGGACAUCAGGAGUUGUGGGUAGAGACUGCAUGUGCACAUGUGCGCCACUGCUGGGACAGGAGGCAGGCAGCCCUGCGCCUGGAGAGGGGCCACCCCCAGCGUGAAGCUGGUUCUCCCGCAGGGGCCGUCGGGAGGCACAGUGAGCCGCGUCCCUUGUGGCACCGAUGCACGCUCCAGCUUUGCCUGCGAUCGCCCUCCCUCUGGACGGUUUUGUUACACAAGCCAAUAAAUCCCCUUUAUUAUUCA